AUUCUUCUGAAAAAAUUCCACAAAUGUUGAUAAUAAAAUAUUAUGCAAGGUAACAGAGCAUUUCUGGCCGAUUUGGCCAACUUUUUGGAGUUUGUAGAGCAAGGAAUCAUGAACAAAACGGUGGAUCUCACAGAUUUGGUACAAACCACAAAUUUAAACCAAUGCUUCAAAAUGAUGGAUUCGAUGCUGAAGGAGUGUGAAACUGGAGUCUCUGCUCAAGAGUUAAGUGAGUUAAGAAACCGAAUAAAUGUCGCAAGAGAAACAGUAGAAAUGAUUGGAAGCUCUGGAACCUUGAAAAACACCGACCAAAUAUACGGGGAUAUGUACCUAAUUGAUCAGAAUAACUCAGAGAGGGAAAAUUACGAAAGAUACGGAGCCAAUUUAGGCAUGACAAAUGAAGAGUUCGAUAAACUCAUAGAAGAUUGGGCUGAAGAUCUCGACACAUCGCAAAAAGGGCCAAGAAGGAGAAGGGCCAAUAAGCCAGAAAACUUUCAGGAACAGAUUCAAGGAGAAAUCGCUGAACUAGCAAAUGAAAUGAAAUCGAAAGUAGCUCGUUACAGGGACAUUAUAGUAAAAGACAAUAAGGCUUUGCUUAAUUUUACUGGAGAACAAGAGAAACAGCUGGACACUGUUACCCAUAUCGCCAAAGAGUCCAACAAGCUCACAAAAUCAGCGAACAUAUCACUUAGACAAUUUAUAAUAAUGGUAGUGACGAUGUUCGCUCUGACUUUGGCCAUGUUUUUCCUAUUCUUACUCUCAUGAAUGAUUCUCUACACUACAUCACAUACAUCUUAGUUAUAG